ACGAGUUGUGUGACAACUUCUGCCAGAGAUAUAUUAGUUGUCUCAAGGGAAAGCUGCCAAUGAAUCUAGUGAUUGAAGAGAGGAACCCUAAACCAGGAGAUCUUGAAGAGAGUAACGACAGCAGUGGCAGUGGUGGAGAAGGAUGCUAUGUUAACCUAAGUGUAGCUAGAAGAAGGAGGAGUUUAGCAGGGCUAAAUAAUGAACUUUUGACGAAUCAGUGGCCUGAGUCACAUUCCCUAAGUUCCUAUGGAGGCAGUAUGGAUGGGGCUCGAUCGCCGAUUGAGUCUACGGGUACACCAGGAUCUUUUUCACAGCAGCCAUCUUCACAUCUAAUCUUGGACAACCAUAAUGAAACUUGUAAGCAAAAUAUUUCAGAUUAUAAAUUUUGUACAAGUUGUCUAAUUACAAACCUAGUACAAACGUUCAGAUUGCGCCUGCAGUUUGAAAAAUAUUAAGAAUAUGGAAAACCUCAGAUGAUACGACCGUUCAAUUAGGUUUACAUACCAGCACUAUUAGGAGUGCCCAUCGUUACAGAAAAUAUCAGAUGACUCACCUGUUCCGUUAGGUUCCCCUU